GGAGACAAAGAACAAAUGAGAGCAAGAGAGUAAAUAUCACCAAUUUCCUUGUAUGCUUAGUUUUCGUUGGGUCGUUCUAUUGAAUUACAAAAGUUUACAUUGGUAGGUUAUGGAGAAAACUAACGUAUUAUGCAUUUAAAAGGCAUGGUCAAGGCCUAGUCUUUUGGAAAUCUUGCCGUACUUUUCGUAUACCACUAAUUUGAGUUCGUAUGCAAGAUUUGUUGCUAUCCAUUUCGCAGUGGGACUGCUUGAAUGUGCGCAUGCGUACUGGCUGUGUUGUGGUGACUUAUCUUGACAGAGUUAGUUAGAACCUGUUGCAAAGUUUCAGUUUGCACAACCAGCUGCUGGAGGGCAGGAUAGCUGUGGGGUCACAGCUCAAUAACAUAGAACCCGCUUAAAGUUACCCCCCAUUUGCGUGGUUUCUUUGUUUUGGGUUUGGCCGGGCCGGGAUAGCAGUGAGUGAGGAUGAAGUUCGGCGGUAUUUUACUGUGCGUGUUCCUGCUUUGGGUCGACGGGGGUUUGGGGGACACUCCAGCCAACUGCACCUAUGAGGACCUGCUCGGGACCUGGGUCUUCCAGGUGUCCAAGGGUGGACAUGAUAAGACCGUCAACUGCUCUGCUGAAGCGACAGGUGAGCGCUCUGUGACUGUGACCCUGGAGAAACUGUCUGUAGCCACAGACGAGCUGGGAAACACAGGUUUCUUCACCCUCAUCUACAAUCAGGGCUUCGAGGUGGUCAUCGGUGGGUACAAAUGGUUUGCCUUCUUCAAGUACUCCGAGGAUGGACCUAAGGUGACCAGUUACUGUGACCAGACCCUUCCAGGUUGGGUCCAUGACGUCCUGGGAAACAACUGGGGCUGUUUUGUUGGAAAGAAGGUGCAGUCAGUACAACCCAGACUUGAUUACAAGCCACUCUUCAACAGCAGACUCCUCCAGAAGUCAUAUAAACACAACCUGGACUUCAUUGAUUUAAUCAACUCCGUUCAGAGAUCCUGGAAGGCUGCGCGAUAUCCAGAACAUGAGAUGUACACUUUACAGGAGCUGCACUACAGAGCUGGAGGUUCUGCCUCUCGUGUGCCUGUACGUGCCCGCCCCAUGCCCGUGAAAGCUGAUUUAGCCAAGAUGGCCGCAGCUCUGCCCGAGCGUUGGGACUGGAGAAAUGUUAAUGGUGUAAACUUUCUCAGCCCUGUGAGAAACCAAGCAUCGUGUGGCAGCUGCUACUCCUUUGCCACCAUGGGAAUGCUGGAAGCUCGAGUUCGAAUCCUCACCAACAACAGCGAGACUCCGGUCCUCAGCCCUCAACAAGUGGUCUCCUGCUCUGAAUACUCUCAAGGUUGUGAUGGAGGGUUCCCUUACCUGAUCGGGAAGUAUGUGCAGGACUUCGGCAUUGUGGAUGAGUCAUGCUAUCCGUACACUGCACGGAACUCUCCCUGUGGAGUUCCUGAUAACUGCGGCAGGAUGUACACGGCUGAGUAUGGCUACGUCGGCGGGUUUUACGGUGGUUGCAGUGAAGCAGCCAUGAUGCUGGAACUGGUCAAGAAUGGGCCGAUGGCUGUGGCCCUGGAGGUCUAUCCUGACUUCAUGCACUACAAGGAGGGGAUCUACCACCACACUGGCCUUGCUGACCCCAUCAAUCCCUUUGAGCUGACUAACCAUGCCGUGCUGUUAGUGGGCUACGGCCGCUGCCACAUGACCGGGCAGAAGUACUGGAUCGUCAAGAACAGCUGGGGUAACACCUGGGGCGAGAGCGGCUUCUUCAGAAUUCGCCGCGGAAGUGAUGAGUGCGCCAUAGAAAGCAUUGCUGUCACGGCCAAUCCCAUCCCCAAACUGUAGAAACCGGAAACUUAUAACUGUAGAAAAUGGGCACUAUGAAGAUUGUGAAUCAAAUUUAGAUCUGUAAACCCAUUUAGCUAAGUUGUUUUUCCGUGCUCAGGAGUUAAAAUCCAUUUCCUUAACACAAAGCUUUCAUGAUUUAAGCUUUAAUGCAAAUAUUACUCAACCCAAAAUAUGGAUCAGAAUUUCUUCUAGGUUUGCGUUUUUACCAUUUUUAAAGCCUCAAAGAAAGCAUUUCAGUAUUGUCAAUCAAAUGUCUUCCAUUUGUUCCUGAAUGUGGCGCUAAAAAAAAAGAAAAAAGGGAUUAUUUUUCAAAAAGUGUCUCCGCCAACCACCAGUUUACAAAACCUCUUCUGUGGAAAAAAGGUAGAUGACAUGGCUUUUAAUGUUUAUAAUUUAUCCUGUCAGUGUUUUUUUUUAUUGCCAAACUGAGAAAUCACCAAUUAGCUGCGUAUUGAUUUUUUUGCUUUAACUGCCAAUACAAAGUUGGAGUUGAAGUGAAAUGGUACAAAGUGACAGGUUGCAAAUUCUACUUGGAGCAGUAUAAAGGGAACUGAGGUGUCUGUGUGUGUUUGAUUGUUGGCUUAAAGGCCUUUGAUCUUUUACUGUCUCAGGGAAGCACAACAGAGAGGCUGUUUUCUUCUUUUGUCCUUGCAUCAAAUUGACACCACGUCUGCCAUGUUUCUCAGGAGUGUUCCCUGAGGAUCACUUAAAAGGGAAUUCUUGCUGAAUAAAGGGAUGCAACACGUUCUGGCAACAUCUAUUGUUUUUUUUGUUUGUUUGUUUGAAUCAGGCUUUUCCAACAAAAAAGCAGCAAAAAUUUGAAAUGCAUCUUUGGAUUUCCUGCAGUACCUAUAGUUUUCAUCACAGCUGAAGCAGAAGCAUCGCCGUUGUAUUGUGCAACAAAGGAAGGUAUAUUCUUAAUGCAGAUAAAAUAAUUAAAGUUAUAAUGACCCUGAAUUAAUGGGUUGGAAAGUAAAAGCUGUUUCUCUUAAUUUGUACAACCCACACCUCUAUGAAAGACUCCCCAUUUAUGUGCAAUUACAACUCCUGAUCUUAUUCAACUAGCUAUGGCCACUGGAGUGAUGGUAUGCUCUCCCCCUGUACAUCCAGGUACUCUAAAUUCACCCUAGGAGUGAGUGUGAGCAUGAAUAGUUUUUGUCUCUCUGUCUCUGAGUUGUUCCGGCUGCCCUGGCCCUUCCACUUCUACAGCAGGUAAUGGUUCUCAAGUAUGUUCUGUAAUAUGCUUGAAUUUCUUAAAUGCACUCCUUUCGGUUUUCAUCUCCUUGAUACAAUGUCUACUUUUAUAUGAAACUAUCUCUAUGGAUUGGAAGGUUCAAGUGUACAGUCACUCAAACACAGAGCAACCAAAUCACAUUUGUCCUCCUCAUGAUAACAUUGUAAGUAUUAUGGUGGUUUACAAAUCCAAUAUUGCUUUAAAGUACUGACAGUUUCAUGUAUAUGUAGAAAUACAUAUUUGUAUGACACAGUUUUAGCCUGCUCUUCUUUGGGACUUCAUUACUGGAUUGUUUGGAAGGU